GUGGGUCAAAUUGGUGGGGCUGGCGCAUUGUGUUGCGUCAUUGGGUGAAUCCUCAAAAGCGCCAAAUCGGGAAAAUUAAGUUAGGAAGAAAUCAAGGUAUUUCAUUGGAGAAGGACGAAGAAGAAGAAGACGACGACGACGACGACGACGACGAGCAAUGAAUUGACAGAAACUUAUUACAAGUUUAUAUAUAGAAAUUCACGAUUCUGUAUUUGGUCCAAUAAUCUGGGCUCUAUGAGGAGAGAGAAACAUAAAAAAUAAAUUAAAAAAAGUUGCAGCAUUUGACAGAGUAUAUUCCUUCCUUCUACCGCCAAUUCGGCGUAGGAUAUUUGUUGGUUGAUUGGAACUAAACCCUAAAAAAUUGAUUGAAAUUUGAAAUAGUAUUGAUUAAUGGAUCCUGAUCAUAUAGGCAGUGAUCCUUGUAAUUUGCUACUCACUGAUCCCUUACUUUCCAUUGUUGACAAUUCCCUUCAUCACUCUAAAUACCUCUUAGCUCCUGCUUCUAUGGCAUUUCGACAAGCUUUUACGUACUUUUCUAAGCUCGCUGGGGCCGCCGUAUUUUUGUUUUCCGGCGCUUCUCAGAUUAAAACCAGGUUUCCAGACACUCAUCAUGUGUCCGGACCUGUGAAUUCUAGUUGCUCAUUUGGACAACCCAAACACAUUACCCCCUCUUGUAAUUAUUAUCCAUCCUGCUUUAGGUUCCCACAUGAAUCUUUUACUACACUCUUUGGUCAUAAGUUUUCAACCUUUUCUUUUAAGCAUUUAUUUAGAGUAGCAGCUGAUACUUUUCAACCACUUCCUCCCGUGUUUUCGAUAGCUGCUGCGCUCAUUCCACCGAUUGAUCACUUUACUCCAAGCUUGUUAUUGUCUAUCCCACCUGAGGUUGCUAAUACUCAAAUAGUGGGAUCCCUUGAUAAAAACCCCUGCAAUGUUCAGCAUAGAGGUUGUGGCGGUCAUGCAGUUCCUGAAUUUGAUUGGGCAAGACAUGCAGUUGAACCCAAAACUGGCAUUCAGUUUCCUGCUGUUCUGAACAGCAUAUUAUCCAAGGACAAUCAAUCCAAUUUGUCACCAGAGGUUCUUGUUGGAACUGGAUCUAGGAUUCUGACUCUCAUCAAAAUUAAAUCUUUUAAGGUCUAUGCCUAUGGCUUUUAUGUCCAUACUUCUUCUCUCUGUCAGAAGUUGGGUUCAAAGUAUGGCUCUGUUCCAGAAGUAGAACUCAAAGAACGCGAUGAUUUCUAUGCAGAUCUUCUCAGGGAAGAUGUUGGAAUGACUGUUAGACUUGUGGUUAACUACAAUGGCAUGAAAAUUGACACAGUUAAAGAUGCUUUUGAGAAGUCUCUUCGAGCUCGUUUAGCCAAGACAAAUCCAGAAACUGAUUUCAAAUGCAUUGCAACAUUCAGUUCUUAUUUCACAAAAGAUAUUCCACUGCCCGUAGGUACUAUAAUUGACUUUAGAAGAACUUCUGACGGGCAGUUGAUAACCGAAAUUGGAGGUAACCAAAUUGGUGCAGUGAACAGCAGGGAGUUGUGUAGAGUCUUUUAUGACACCACCCCACUCCCCCGAAUCAAGAAAUGUGCAUUUAUGUUAAAAAUUCUUACACGUGUAGAUUGUUUGUGUAGGAGCCUUUUUUGACAUGUACCUUGGAGAAGUUCCUGUCUCAAAGCAGACAAAAGAAGAGAUUGGAAGAAAUGUUGCUACUAUUAUAAGAAGGUGCUAAGCUGAUUUGUUAUUCUGGAUUAUUCUGAGCUGAAGGAUUUCCUGUGCUUCUUGACCCUUCCUAUUACAAUGGGUUCUUGAACGGCUCAAAUUCAUUUUGAUUUAACAGUCCAGUCGUGAGGCUUCUGGCAUCCAUGUUUGGCAUAUGGCCAAUUAGUCAGCUGUGUCCAGCGCCUAACAUGUGUUCCGGUGUAUAGUGGAUUGUAGUUUUAGUUUUCAGCUAUAUGUGUAGAUGAUGAAGCUAAUGAUAUAUACAAAGUAUUAGGCAGGCUUUUUAAAACUAGUUUUUUAGAUAGUAUAUCGGCCGUAAUUUAAUUGAUUCGAGGGAUAUGUUGUUCAACUUUUGAUUGUUGCCAGAGCAGAAGUCAGUUGAACACCGGUUGCGAUUCUAUGACUGCCUUGUGCUCUGCUUUUGGAAGGUGUAAAACUUUGCAUAUUUAUAACACAUUGCUAAAAUUACCCUCUUUAUUCUAUUA